AUGGGCUAUGAUCUUGUGGAACAGGCUGUUAGCCGGAAACCUGUAGUUGACUUUGGGAACUAUAAAACGUUGAGAUUGCAUGCUGGGAAUGAUUGUCCAUCUUCGUAUUGUGACAAGAAUGGCCUCGCCAUACAGUUCCCUUUCUGGUUACAAGGUCAGCAACCGCAAAACUGCGGACUUCCUGACUUCAACUUAACUUGCAAUGGCCAGAAAAAUGCAAUUCUAAAUAUUCCACAUUCUGGACAAUUUGUUGUAAGUUCUAUCUACUACUACAUCAAAAGAGUUAUACUCUAUGAUCCCAAUAAUUGCCUCCCAAGGCGGCUUUUUAGUUUGAAUCUUUCAUCUUCCACGUUCAUGGCAGUCUCCUAUCAGUAUUACACCUUUUUCAGCUGUCCUAAGGCACAGGUUAAUUCUAUCGGUGCUUUUGAUUGCCUCAGCAACACCACCACGGAUGUCUUGGCUACAAAGUAUCCAGAAGAUGCUAUGCAGUUUUCUAUGUGCAACAAGAUUGCAACUUUACCAAUCCCGGUUUCAUCUUAUUAUGAUUAUCAGUUCCCAGUCAAUCUCGAGCUAACAUGGAAUGACACUACUUGCAAAGAUUGUGGCUCCGCAACUGGUGCAGCAGAUACACCAAGUGUAACGAACCAGAAACCUGUCUUCAGAGUCAUUGCCUUGUCCUUCGUUAUACCAGCCCUGGUUAUACCUGCACUGAUAAUUGGCAUAUCCUGUUGCAUAUGCAUGAUGAGACGCGACAAUCCUCAGGCCAAUGAUUCUAUCCGAACUUCCAAUGGAGCUGGUUCAUCAGACAUGGUUCCUACGGGGCUUGAUAAAACCACCAUUGAGACCUACAGAAAGAUCACAAUUGGUGAAAGUUGUCACAUUGAAGGACCUAAUGAUGUAACUUGCACAAUAUGCUUGGCAGAUUAUGUCCCAAACGACACAAUAAGGCUUAUGCCUGGAUGUGAACAUUGUUUCCAUGUGGAGUGCAUAGAUAAGUGGUUGAGCAUGAAUACUAAGUGCCCAGUCUGUAGGACUUCGCAGGUUCGUACCAAUCCAUGCUAACUUUUGCAGUUCAAGACUCCACUCUGCUAGUCAUCUGAGUGACUGAAAAGCUCAUUUCAGCUCUCAACCUGCAUCGACCCUGGUUCUUGCACUUCACCAUUUUUACCAUGGUUUUCCGCUGGUCAAACUGGUAAAGUUAUUGGAAUGUAAUGCCCGAUUGCUACUUUUUCUUUCCUUUUUUUGCAUAGUUUUCAAGCUUGAAUUGCCAAGUGGAAGAGUGAAUCCAUUGAGAUUUGCCCUUGGGAUACAUUUUUAAUUGCGUUAUUUGAU